AUGCCCUCGAUGCAAAAAGUCCGCGUGGAAAGAGCUGCAGCAGCUGCCUCGCUGCCAAGGGAUGCAGGCUUCUUCAUUGAUACUCACGGUGCCUCUGAGGAUGAUGGCCUGGUUGAUAAUGCGAGCAGUGAAGAUGAACCAAUGCCCAAGGAUGAGACGGAAGAGAAGCUUGAGCGGUUGCUCUUUGGUGAUGCGGCGGGGUUUCAUGAUGCGUUAAGAGAACAUGAGGUUGAAGGUAUGGAGCUUGUGCCACGGGAUGGAAAUGAGGAUGGAGAAGGAGGCGGAGAAGAGGAGGGCGGAGAAGAGGAGGGCGGAGAAGAGGAGGGCGGAGAAGAGGAGGGCGGAGAAGAGGAGGGCGGAGAAGAGGAGGGCGGAGAAGAGGAGGGCGGAGAAGAGGAGGGCGGGUUGGAACAUGUUGAUGAUGCCGACCUCUUCUUCCUCGAUUCAGGCACUGCGGGAGCUGAUCUCGAGUUCCCAAUUGUUCAGGGUGCGCCGGAUGAUCAGCGGGAGAAUGAACCCCCUGCGGCGUGGGAAGAUAGUGACGAUGAGCGGAUCACGGUCUCUCUAGCGGGUAAUAAUAGGUUGCGAAAGCUACGACUCACAGAAGAAGACGAUGUCGUCACCGGCUCAGAGUAUAUACGGAGAUUGCGCAAACAGUUUGAACGACUACAUCCCGCCCCGGAUUGGGCGAACCCAUCCAACAUUGCAGGUGGACGCAGCGCGAAGAGAAGGAAGACAGGAGCGCAGUCGGAUGAUGAGAGUGUUUUAGGUUCUGAUCAUAUGGAUACAGAUGAGGAGGAGGAAAUGUCCCUGCAACCGCUAGCACGCCUAUUGCAGAAUGCUGGUAAUCUCACGAAGGGUGAAAAUAAUGCCAAGAGUGGUGGGAAGCGGAAGCUCCGCCAGGAAGUCCUGGAUAUUCAACGGAUGAAAGAUGUUGGAAAGGGUCAGCCUUCCACCAUCGAGUCUCUCACUUUCCACCCACACUACCCUCUCCUCCUAUCCUCCGGGCCGGCCUCAACUCUCUUCCUCCACCACAUCUCACCCAAAUCCUCCUCUCCGAACCCCCUACUUACCUCCCUCCACGUCCGCCGCACCCCGAUACACACCAGCACUUUCGCCUCUCCUACAGGGAACCAAAUAUAUUUUUCCGGUCGCCGCCGCUACUUCCAUGUCUGGGACCUGGACACGGGCAAGGUCGAGAAAGUCAAUGGGCCUGCUGACCGUAAAGAAGAACAAAAGUCUAUGGAACGCUUUAAACUAUCUCCCUGCGGCCGGUGGAUGGGUGUCGUCGGCAGCGCGCGGAAAGGGGGCGGUAUUAUAACGAUCCUCAGCACCACAACGCUCCAGUGGGUUUCACAGGUGCGCAUUGACAGCCACAAUGGCGUUGCUGAUUUCGCGUGGUGGAGUAAUGGGGAGGGUAUGUGUGUUGUUGGCAAGAAUGGAGAGGUUAGUGAGUGGGAUGGGAGGCAGAAGCGCAUUGUUGCGCGCUGGGUCGAUGAGGGUGCUGUGGGCGCGACGGUGAUUAGCCUUGGUGGAAAGUCUGGAAGAACGCAGAUUGGCGGGGAUAGGUGGGUGGCGGUUGGGAGUUCGAGCGGGAUUGUGAAUAUUUAUGACCGGAGGCCAUGGGCUGCGGCUGCUACUGAAAUCGAAAAGAAGAGCAAGGGGAAGAAGAUUGAUGGAGAAGUAGAUCAUGGCGAUGGGCAGUGCGGGAUCCCGCAUAACCCGAAACCGACGCGCAUGCUUGAUCAGCUAACGACGCCCACAAGUCAUCUUGUCUUCUCGGCGGAUGGGCAAUUGCUUGUCAUGGCAAGUCGGUGGAAGAAGGAUGCGUUGAGACUGAUUCAUCUCCCGUCAUGCACUGUAUAUAAGAAUUGGCCUACGUCCAACACCCCCUUUGGGCGCAUUUCGGCAGUUGCUAUCGCGCCAACAUCGGAUAUGUUGGCUGUCGCGAACGAGCAGGGAAAAAUUCGGCUGUGGGAAAUUCAUGGCUAG